AUGUCCGCCACGACAACGACAAUCCCCCUUCUGAUCAACAACAAAUCCGUGACAACAAGCACCAUCUUCGAAAUCAAAAACCCCGCGACCGAGCGCAUCCUCCACCGUUGCACAGGCGCCUCACCCAAGGAAGCCCAUGAAGCAGCCAUCACCGCCAAAGACGCAUUCCCGAGAUGGCGCGACACGAGGCCGUACGCACGGCGGGACAUCCUCGUGAAGGCGGCGGAUAUCAUGCUCUCGCGGAAGGAAGAGUUGAUCAGGUACCAAUGCGAGGAAACGGGAGCGGGGCGAGUGUUUGCUGAGAAGACGUUCCUGCUGGGUGUGAGCUUUCUGAGGGAUUUCGCAUGCAGGAUCCCGUGCAUCGAGGGCGUUGUGCCGGCUGUGACGCAGGAAGGGGAGGGCGCGAUGAUUUUGAAACAGCCGUAUGGUGUUGUUCUGGGGAUUGCGCCGUGGAAUGCCCCAUAUAUCCUGGGCGUUCGCACAGUCGUCACCCCCCUGGCAGCAGGAAACACGGUGGUCCUCAAAGGAUCGGAACUGUCACCGAAAUGCUUCUGGGCCAUCGGGGAUGUAUUUCGGCAGGCUGGUUUGCCAGCGGGGUGUCUCAAUGUCAUCUAUCAUCGGCAGUCGGAUGCAGCAGAGGUGACUAGCACGCUGAUUGCGCAUCCUGCCAUCCGCAAGAUCACAUACACUGGCAGUACGACAGUCGGAUCAAUCAUUGCAGGCAUGGCAGCGAAGCAUACCAAGCCAGUCCUCCUGGAGCUGGGAGGAAAAGCCGCAGCCAUCGUCCUGGACGAUGCAGACCUGGAAAAGGCAGCGAUGGCAUGCACGGUCGGGGCGUUUCUCCAUUCCGGACAGGUCUGCAUGUCCACCGAACGAGUCAUCGUGCAGCGGUCCGUCGCGCAGGGAUUCCGCCGUCUUCUCUCGCAGACCGCGGAGAAGGUCUACGGGAAGAACUCGGCAGCGCCGGUGCUCGUUGCGCCGUCUGGGGUCGAGAAGAACCAGCAGCUCGUUCGGGAUGCAGUGUCCAAGGGGGCCAGCGUUCUCUUUGGGGACCCUGAUGCCAAUGAGGAGUGCUGCGCGGCCAUGCGACCGGUCAUUGUCGAUGGGGUGACCAAGGGCAUGGACCUUUACGAGACGGAGUCGUUCGGGCCAACGGUGUCGGUGAUGGAGGUCGAGGACGAUGCAGAGGCUGUCACAGUGGCGAAUGACUGUCCGUACGGCCUGACUGCUGCGAUAUUUACAGAGAACCUGGUUCGCGGCCUGCGGAUGUCCAAGAGGAUCGAGGCGGGCGCCGUCCAUAUCAAUUCAGCGACCAUCCACGACGAGCCAACAAUGCCGCACGGGGGAUGGAAGAGCAGUGGGUUCGGGCGAUUCGGGGGAUCCAGCGCGUACGACGAGUUCCUCCAGACCAAGACGGUAACAUGGGUGGAGUGA